AUGCUGCAAAGAUAUUGGGAUGGUAGGAAGAAACUGCUGCAAAUACGGACAGGGCUCAAGGUGCAGCUGGAAGGGGAAGCUCCAAUUAGUUUUCCGACAGUGCUGGUCAAGAGCCGGAAACCAAAAACAGGAAUGAAGGAGUUAGUGCGGAACGGGGUCAGCCAGACGAAUUCACGGGAAAUUCUGGAGGCGGCUACUUGUCAUUUCAGGAAGGCAUUCGACGAGACCUCCGCGGGUGUUUCCGUGCAGAGGCUGGAAUGGACGCUGAGGAAGACGCUGGAAAAAGCAUCAGCGGAAAAUCUGACAAGGGAUUGGUCGGAGAAGGAGGUCAAGCAGGCGCUCAGGGAGCUGGCCAACGACAAGUCACCAGGUCGUGAUGGGCUGCCCAGGGAGUUGUUCCAGCGUUACUGGGAGCUCUUACGGGAACCGGUGAUGAAGAUGGUCGGGGAGUUCGCCGCGAUAGGUAAAAUGCCGGAUGUUGCAAACGAGGCGGUUACUAUCCUGCUGUACAAGAAGGGGGCAGAGAUGGACAUUAAGUAG